AUGAUAAACUGUAUUUUAGGACACGCCUCUUUAGAUCGUGUGGGCGUGGCCACAAAUAUGGUGAAAGCACAGCCGAGAAAUCUACCCAGCCCGGUAAACAUGUCCAUCGCGUCUCAUCUUUUUGAGCACACUCUCACAUGGGAGGCAGGCCCAGGGUCUCCUGAUGGUCUCUACUACAAUGUUACCGUGCACCCUCUCAAUGAAGCAAGUUGGGUGCCUGUGAGAGGUUGUGAGAGGGUGUAUUUUCCACUGCUGUGUAACCUCACCGUGGCCUUCUCUGACCUAGAGGAAAGCUACUUCAUCAGAGUGACCACCUCAGACGGGAAUGACUCCUCAGCACCCGCAGAACUCAAGCAGCCUUUUAUACCCACCCGUUCCACCACCUGGAUCGCUCCUCUGGUGAAGGUCACUCAGUGUGACCAAUCACUGUGUGUCAGGCUGGAGGCGCCAUCUGAUAGGCUGAAACGCCUGUACAAUUCUUCAAAGUACAUCCUCAACAUCACUAGAGUGGGAAAGCCCAGUGUCUUCUUGGAGGAGAUCACUGGUUUGAAGACUGUGGUUUUGAACCUCACCCCUGGAGAAGAGUACUGCGUCGCUGUCCGUAUAAUAGACCACAACCAUGCCAUGAGCGAACCCCAGUGUUCACGCAUUGUCCUAACCCAGCCCAAAAGCAACAUCGUGAUCCCUGUGAUAGUCUGUGUAGUCAUUUUACUGUUUGCACUGAUUGCGAAUUUUCUGGUCUCUUCUGGGCGCAUCUGUCUGAGACUCCGCCUUCCCGAUAUUCUGUCUUGGCAGAAGACCCUGACAGGGUAUCCGCUCUACUGGCCUUCUGAGACGUCUCUGUCCCACGUUUCCAUUGAGAAGUGCACACAAGAAUGGAACCGUGAGACGGCUGAUGAUGAGGGGAGCGAGGGAGAGAUGGAGGGGGAGGUGCUGUAUGAAAGACUAGCGGGGCGUGUUAAGAACUUGGAGGACGCUCCUUCCUCCUCCUCCUCGUCUCCCUUCUCUUGUCUGUCUAAAUACCGUGCCUCAUCGCCGCAUAGCUCUGGAGAAACGACCACCGCUGGCCAAACUCAAUCUCCCACCUUGACCCAGACCGGUGGUGGAGCAUGUGAUUCUUUCAGCCAAACACAAGAUCCACUUUUCUGUGACUUGAAAAACUGUGGCCCUUCCGCUGUCAAAAGCGGGAGCCUCACGCUUACGUCUGGUGUGGAUACCCCUGACUGUUUGCUCUCGGAAACUAACCAGUUAACGGCGGAAGGAGGCAUUUGUUCCCACCGGAUAAGUCUGAGUGAACUCCGCACCCUUGAUACAUCUGCCCAAGAGACCACUGAAACAAAUGAGGAGGAGAUGGAGGUGGAGAGAGAGAGUGACGUGAACCUCCUCUCUGUGACUUUCGGAUGGCGCGAGGAGGUGGAGGAGGAACAGUCUGAGUCAGAGCGGAGAGGAGGUGAGGAGGACAGAUACGAUGAGGAGGUGUCAGACAUGAAGAACCUCCUCUUCUGCCGCAGGUCUCUGGAGCCAUCCGUCUCUUUCCUGCCUUCACCCACUCAAUCCGGAGACGCACAGCCUGUUGUUACACACAGUCUAAAAUACAGCUCGGUGGAGGAGGAAGAGGAAGAGGAGGAGGAGGAAUUUUCUGGGUACAUGUCACGGAAUUAGAACCUUUGGUUACCAGACGUUAAGCUGUUGUAUAACUGACAGUCGUAUUUGUCAUCUACGGAGGAAAUGCUUGCGUACACUCAUGUUUCGCUCCGUGCCAACUCCUUGUUUUCAGUGUUUCACCCAGAAUCUCUUCGGUAGUGCCUAUGCGAAUCACAUGAUAAACAGAACACCUGCAGUUUGUCUUGAAAUGGAAGUGUGGUUCAGGUCUAUGUGCAUGCAUAUACAUCCAAUAGCCAGAUAGUCGAGGGGGGGUUUUUU